GACAUGCUCAACCAUUAAGGAUCGUUCUGGUUUGCCACUCGUUUAUUCUUGGUUCUCACGUACAGUAAUUACAAAUAUGGUUAUUAAUGUGUUCGGCGCAAGAUGAGGCUGAAGAAGGUCGUCCAGAAAGACUUUCCGCUGUCGGAGUACUUGUAUAGUAGGGCUUCCAAACUCAAGCACUUUCCAUACUUUGGUCUGUACUUUCCAAUACGAUCUAGACUACAACCUCAGUCUUGGCCCGUAAUAGGUGAAGGUGGCUGUAGAGAUCUCAAGUUUCUCAAAUGCAUCGAGAACAAAACCUUGACUGGUCACGUGAUCAAUACGAUCAAGAUGAUGACACCUGCUCUUCAACUGUGUCAGAGUCAAUGUUUUCGUGAACACAAAUGUGUGUCRUACAACUUGGGCCCAGUACAUGGACAGACCAGGUGGUGUGAAUUGAAUGCCGUCGACCACUCGACUCGACCGAAUUUCUUGGUGGAUAAAACAGGCCAUGCAUAUUGUCCAAUCAAGAACCCCUGUUUGUCCAGGCCUUGUCCAGCAGGAAGACUUUGCACUCCUGAUUUUGCCUGGAAUACGUACAGCUGUGAUGAUGGAGGCUGGACCCAGUGGAGUCCAUGGAAGUACCUGCUAUGUUCUCUACCAUCGAUAUGUACUCCAAUUAGAACACGAACCUGCACGAGUCCAGCUCCACGAAAUAAAGGAGCAMACUGUUCUGGGUCAGCGAAAGAACACAAGACUUGCAGACCACUWCCAGUUAUUGACAUUUCUGAAUGCAAAGAACCAUUGGGAAUGGAAGAUGGACGGAUCAAAGAUGAACAGAUUAAUGCUUCAUCAUAUGCAGGUUCUAUUUCUGUACACAAGCCAAGAAAUGGACGACUUCGAAAGAUAAGGACCAAAACUGGUAUAGCAGGCUGGGCUGCUGGUGGCAAAAAAAUUGAUGAAUACAUACAAAUUGACCUUGGCAUGGUCAAGGUCAUCACCAUGGUGGCAACACAAGGAAGAGAUGACUGUUGUCCACAGUGGGUUACUAAGUACUCGUUGUCGUACAGCGCUGAUGGCACUGAAUGGAAAGAUUACCAAGGAGACUGUACGAAGGUUUUCCCUGCUAACAACGAUACAACUACUGUUGAAACUCGGGUGCUUGAAGUGCCUAUUAAAACCAGGCACAUCCGACUGAUUGUGAAAGGAUUCAGUGGUCAUCCUACGAUAAGAAUGGAGUUUUAUGGCUGUAAUAAACUAUCCGYGUGAUUAUUCAAAGGCAGUAGUCUGUACUCGACGUUUGGAUAUGUCAUUUAUUUGUAUUCUUUGUGGCUGUUUUGCAAUACUCCAGUUUCGAGAUCCUAUUUGUGGAGCCUUGACCUCGA